AACUCUCUUUCUUUGCCCCUUUGUUGUGAAGAUGUGGCGUUAUCGUCUGCCAGACUACGAGCAGAGACUCCUAGGAGAGCUGCAGAGACAGCAGCAUCGUGGCCUCUUCUGUGACACCAUGUUGCAGACAGACGGAGUCACAGUCCCAGCCCAUGGUUGCAUCCUGGCAGCCCUCAGACCCCGUCGGUCUCAGCCCCUGUCUGCUUCACCAUUCCCACAGGUUGUCCAUCUCCCGACAGUCAGGGCCCAGACCCUGCUCAAGCUCGUGAGCCUCCUUUACUCAGGACAUCUGGAAGGAGAGGGAGAGAGGGAGCUGGAUGAGGUGAUGGCUGCGGCCGGCCAUCUAGGUUUAGGCCGCCUAGUGGAGGGGUUGAAGGAAAGGGGGACAGAAGGACAGGAGUGGCAAAGGCAGUUCAGAGAAGCAGCUAUGCAGACGGAGGUUGGAGAGAGAGGGGUGCGAGAAGUCGAGGUGCAGACGAUGGAGAGAGUUACGGAUGGAAACGCUCUGGUGGAAGAGAGGAGUGGUGUGGACACAGGGACUCAGACUGUCAACUCUGACACUCUAACCCUUGCGGAGCUUCCUACCCCCUUUCAUAAGACCCCAUCUUCAAACUCAUUCUGUGAUGAUGGGCCCCCUGUUUUGAGUCCCCAGAACAUCUUUCUGCCUCAACACCUGGUCCCUUGCCCUUCCAUACCUGCCGACCAAUCAACUGUUGCCUUCAGAAGUCCCACGCCCUCAGGAAACCCUGGUCUAUACUUCGAACCAGGGGCCUAUUCUACCUUUGACGUCUCAAAGCCCACCUCCUCGUCAAAGCUCCCAGUUAACCCAAACGAUGACGCAGCCCCCCCUGUGGCCCAGGGAGACGGGGCUCACCCAGCUAAGGAACACAUCACAAAUGAGUUGUAUCCAAGGAGGAAGAUGGAGAAAAAGGGAGUCACAGAAACACUGGACCCCAGCCUUACCAUCACAGGAGGAAUAGAAGAAAAUGAAAUGAGCGAGUCUGAAAGAGAAGGGGUGGUGUAUGACAAUGAGGUUGCUGAGGAAGAAAGGAGGAAGAGUCGGAGGGGGAGGAAGAGCCUGUCCAGAGUUUUGCAGAUGGAGGCCACGGAGACCAGGAUCUCCAUUAAGGUGAAGCUUAGGAGGAAGACCAGAGGACAGGUGUGGCAAGUUGUAAGCCUCCAGGAGAAGAUAUGGUCCCCUCAACGACAGCAUCCAGCCCAUGUCCCAACACCAGCCCCACCUUACCAGGCCCACGACCCCAACGAUGACCCUGCUGACCCCCAGCUCACCAUGGCCCCAGUAGAGGAGUCAGACGAGCAGAUAGAGAAGUUACUAGAGGACAUCAUGAUGGGGCUGAACAUACUGCCCCCUAUUGUCAUGGAGAGGGACUACGAGCGCCAGUCUCCUCACCAGGACAGAGAGCCGGCAUGCGAGCACCUGAACAACAAUACGGGGCCCCACAGGAUGCAAGGCUCUGUUGGCGCCAUGCCCAGCGUAUGUUCCCAUGGCAACGGAACAGGCGGGGACGAGACAUCGACAGAAAUGGCCUUCCACUCAAUACCCUCCUCCAGUUUUGUCCCCACCCGGACCAACCCUGCACCCCCGGAUCCCCACCCUCAUGUCCAGCCCCAACCCCUCACUGUUUUCUGCCAUUGCGCCCAUCACCCCUCCACCCCCCACCAACACCCAAACACCAACCCUCACCAACCUCACUGCAACCAGAACCAGGCCAAAUGCAGAAAUAUGUCAGUCCAGCCUGCACCCACCAGGCCCAGUUGCCACCAGUGCCCAGCUUCCCAGGGCCAUGCAUCUUGGAGAGACACUGGGGAGGGAGAUGCAGGCCGCUGGCAAGGUGGUCCUCUACAGAAGGUGCUUUCACAGUCAGCCAGAGAGCAUGUUUUUAAUCUGUCUAUGGAAUGUCCAAGCGCUAAUGUUGAGGAGACCACGCCAAGACAAACUAGUACCAACCAGGACUGGGCACAACACAAUCCGGCCAGAGCUGGUUUGCACCCCCCGAUUGCUGUCCAUUCCAAAACUGCCUGUGGUCAUGACGAGCACCAUCAUCUGGCAUGCCAGGGGGCCACCCCCCGUAACGAACUAUGCUUCCCAGAGUUCAUUAUACCUACGUCCCAAGGCAGCGAGAACCAUUCCUGCCAAACCAUUGCCAUGCCCACCUGGGAGGAUCUACGUUUGCCAAGAUGUGUGUCUCCCAUUGACUCAGAACCCCCCUCCUCUCCAGUGAUCAACCACCAGUCCCCCUUUCACCACCCCACGCCACCUCAUGUCCACAGAGCUCCUCAGCCCUCCCUGAGAUGGCCACCGUGGCUCUCCCAGUUUCCAAGAGAACUACAGUACCCACUUGUAUGUAUGGUUCACCACUCUGAGAUUUGCCCAACCACACUACAAGAUCCAGAAUACCCCUGCAGGUCGAAGAAUUGCUUGUCACGUCUGUCAUGUUUGAGCCGCUCCAACCAUACCAGUACAGGAAACUGGUUUAGGAGCACAACACCAGGCAGCAAGAGGAAGGAAAGAAAUGUAAGGGAAAAGAAGAUAAGAAAUGCCAAAACUUCCAAAGGGGUCCAACUGAAGCCUGAGAAAUUGAAAGACGAGACAGGAAAAAGUACAAGAAACGGGGUGCAUGAUGGUCCAAAUCCAAAGAGGGAACCACAAGAGUUAACAGAGCCUAUAUGUAAGAGGAUGAGAUUAGAAGAGAGUGAUGCCACCUUUCUGAGUGGUGAGGGGGGAAAAAACCUGAACAAAACAAAGAGCCAUAUAAACAUGAGUGUCUGUUCUAUCAGUCUGUCCAGCAACGACAUAGUAAAAGGAAACAACAUGGACACCAGACCUACAAAGACAUGUCCUGGAUAUGCAUCAGAUACAAUGAUGAACUCUAGGUCAUCAGAGAGGCUAAGAACACUUGUGAAGGACAUGGUCAAGACUCCCCGCAAGAACAUAAAAUAA